UAUCCGAAUGUAUCACCAAAGGUGCAUCUUCUUUACCCUCGAGGACUUUCUGAAGAAUCACAUCAACAACUCAUUGACGAUGUGCAACAACGCCUUAGUGAUAAUGUUGGAAUGCCUAUUAUUUUCGAUAUACUCCAGUACUGUGCUGACUUCAUUUUGGAGCACCAACAUUCAUCGUCGCUGCUCUGUCCCAUCUGCCUCUGCCCUAUGACGGCUGCGAGUGUCUCGGUGACUCCUUGUGAUCAUUACGCCCAUACUGUUUGCUUCGAUAAACAUACCGAAUAUACGCGAAAGCAACUGGGUGAAAAGUUGAUGGCCAGAGACUUUAAGAUAUGGCGUGAACAGCAAGCGUCUCUAAUGAAAAUCUACGAACGGCAAAAAGAAAAGGGUGGCAUCAUCGAUUUGGAAGAAGAACGCAAGAAAAACUUGAUCACCGAGGACACGGUACACGAUGCAGAGUCAAAUCAACAGAAUUGCCUGGAAAGUGGUCUACAACUUUAUAAGUAUACAAACUGA